GCUCCCAACCCACCCGCGUCAUCUGGUGGAUGGAUCCAAUGAAACGCAGCUGGACGCUUUUGAUGCCUCUUGGUGCUCCGGCUGUAACUUCAACGGUGGAAGACCCCUGGAGUCACUGUGCAUGGAUUUCCUGUGGUAAACAAUUUCCUUGAAGUCAGCAGCUUAUAUUCGUGGGUUGUUCUUGUUGCAACAUCGCUCAGUAGCAGGAGUAGAAUUUGCUCCAUCCAUUUGUUGGAAAUCAAAACUUUAUUCUAAGACUUGAGAAUUAGCCGGAUGAGCUCUCUGAUUACAACCCCCUUUCCUGGAAACACUCAUGACUUUCUCAGCGAGAGUAAUGCGUAAUUUGGCACUGUGUGCGCUCUUUAUCCUCCAUAUCGCCUGCGUAAAUUGCGCAUCACUGAGCGGAGCGCGAGGUACUCGUUUUUCAAGCUACACUGUAAAAAGUAUCACCCUCAGCUAGUCAUUUAUUUUUCAUGAACUUCGUUGUGAGUUAGUCAGAUGCUUAGAAGUGUUUUUUUAGUAACUUUAUGGAUCUCCAUUUGAUGGCUGUACUUGCAUUAGGUUGCUGUAGAACAAGGUUAGGUUGUAAGACGCCUUAUGGAGACGGACUUAAACAUCUGCUGGUCAUUUUUUGCAGCGUCGGCAUAAAAAACACGUCACACUGUCAAAGAACUCCCCCCUUCCCUCCCUGUUGGUCCAACAUCCACAGUGAAGGAACAACUGGAUAAAGAUUUGGGAUCAGAAGCGCAGUCAUCAUGACCGGAUUUCGACUGAACUUCUCGCCCCUGAAGGAGCCCCUUGGCUUCAUCAAACUGGUGGAGUGGGUAAGUUUGAUGCAUAGUAUUUUACUGCAAAGUUUUUGUGUGUGUGAGAGAGAGAGUGAGUGAGUGAGAGAGAUACCCAGAGGACAGGGAGGUUCAGUUCAAUGAGUUUUCCCUUUCCCAUGACUCCUGAGAGAAAACCGCUCAUGUAGCCAAAAUGUGUUAAAGAGAUUGGUUGGUUCAAAAUGUAUAUGACACAAAUAUCUGAAAAUUCAGUGAACAAAUGUCAGCUUUUGUCUGUCUGCAGCUUUAUGAUUUCCUCUUUCAAAUGACAAGAUAUAUGUAGUAAUGUAGUACAAUUAAAAAUACUCAAGAUUUGGUGGUUUUUGUCAAACAAGAGUGAGCAGUUUUGUACCGUACACAAAGACUAUUAGGAUUUACAUGACAUCUUAACUUGGUUCAUCAAAAAGUUUGGCCAAAUAAAGUGAACAGGAAGGAGAUCAGUGCAUUUCUCCAACUGCUUGCCCUUCAGACACACAGUUAGGGAUUAAUGCCCCUCUCUGUAAUAAUUUACCCCUGAAUAACUUUGCUGUAGGUUGAAACAUUCUGACAAGACUCACAGGGUUUCUUCAGGAAAGUCCAGUCACAGUUUGGCCCUCCAUAACUGGGUCAGAGGAUCCUGGCUCAGAUAGGCUUCUUCUCUUUCUCGUAAAACACACAUACACACUUGGAUGCAAAAGCUUAAAAGCAGCAGUAACCCCCAGUCAUCUGACUCUGGACCAGGCUCCAUGUGAGUGCCUGUGUGUUUAAUAGUGUUCAGCUUAUGCAACCCAACAUGUUAUUCACAAGGGUCGGGGUAAUUCCUCUUCUUUUAUCAUUAAUUAUAUUUACUGCUGGGACUGUCUUGUUUGAUGUAACAGGCGUCCCAGACUCCCAGUUGUUUGUUGAUCAAGCUUUAUAAAGUAUCAUGGAGUUAGUCCAGGAGUUUUAAAUGUUUGCUAAGUGAAGUUGAUAGUUUAACAAACAAUGUCCUCAUUACAGUUUACUGAAAAAAAACUGCCACUUUGUGAACUUUCGAUAAUAAACCAGCUCUUUCUUAUCUGUGUGUGAAAUGUGCAGGUUUUCAUGAGCAUGCCAGUCCUUUUGCAUUUUAUUACUGAUAUUAGAGCAGCUAUGUGAAUGAGUGUUUGCUAUGUGUUGUUUUUUAUUGUACUUGUCUUUUAUGACUGCAUGCUGCAAAAAGACAAAGUUUCUUUCAGCUGGCACUCACUGAAAAUAGUAACAUUUUUAAAAAAGUGGCCGGUUAGAUAAAUGUGAAAUAUUAUUUCUCAAGCAAAAGUCUUAAAUGUCUGAAAUGUUUUUGCAAAUAUUGAUAUUUUGUUAGGCGCCUUGUUUUUAGGAAAUCUUAAUGGUCAAUUUUUAAGAAGCUCUGCAAACUCAAAGCAGAAAAAUGAUGGAAGAUAAAUUAGUAAUGGAAAUAUUUUGAAGUUGCAGCUCUACUUUUUGAAACACAUUUUUAGGAUUGCAUAACAUGGAAUCUUUGACUUGAUCCCACUGACUGAUACUAAUCUGGUUCUGAUUGGUGAUACCUAUAAUAUACUAAAUAGUCAAUUUGAUUUUGUAGUCAGACUUUCUAAGAUUAAACUAGCAUCUGCAGCUCCAUUUACAUCACAGAAGACAGUAUAAAAACACACACACUAGAACCGUUUUACACAUAUUCAAAGGCUUUUCGCAGACUUUUAACAAUAUUUGUAAUGUACAUGCAUGCAGUGAGGGUAUUACAAGCUAAAAUUUAGUGUGCUUAGUAAACUGUGCAUAUAUAUUAAUUCUAUGUGAAAUUUUCUAAAGGAACUGUCCGACUCUUCAAUGUCACUGGAGUGCCUUGUCAAACUAAGACUACUGGUGUUGACUGGCAUUGUAAGCCCAUACGUCCAUGGUAAAACUAUGUAACUGCCGUCGUGGAUAAGAUUAUAAAUGUGUGUAGAGAUCAGAUCACACAAAACAUGUUGAGUUAAGUCUGCAAAGUAGUGUCGAUGAAUACACCAUUGCUGUUCCAAAUACACCAUUAGCUGCUCAAGUCCUCGGGAGAGGGUGGGCCAUCAAAGGCUGCCAGCCAGCUACUGCUGCUUUCUAUCUCGAUAAUACAUCUUCAUUGCAAUGACAAUUUUUGUUAAGUGACUUACAGUGGGCUGUGUUAAGUAAGCCUUUUUUUGCUGAACAUGUUAUGCAAGUUGAAAAUGGGUUCUGUGUCUCUAAAACAGUGAUAAACAUCCACACUGGUGAAACCAUUACAACUCCUCUCUCAGCUUGUUGUGGCUGUGCUUGUUCUCCUCUCUGUGUCUAAUGGUGGACUGGACACUGCCUCCCAUGAUGUCAAAAUGUGCCACACUAUAAAUGUUAAUGUUUUUAUCAGAUAAUCUCCUUGAUAAUUCUGAACUAUUACCUUUAUUAAGCCGAUACACUAUAGACCAGAUGUAUGGAUGUCAUACGUAACGGUUAAAAAUGCUUUGUGUAGAGCGCUGUGUAUCUAUUCUAGCAGUCCUUUCAGCCUUUAAAUUUCAGACCUAACUGUAACCUUUGCUGUCUCUUAUUGGUGGGUAACCAUCAGGUUGCCUGAUGUUAAAUCUUGUCUAAUGUGACUUAUUAUAUUGUAACAGGAGUUUAUCAGGCACUAGAGUUAUUUGCCCCAAAUGCUCAUACCUCCAUAGAUGCUAUCUUCCACAGAGUAGUAAACAGGAAGGGAUGUUUUAAGGCUGUCCCACACUCACCCAACGUGUCAGAUCUUUCCUGUUGGUUUAUUUCUUGUUCUUUUUACCCCCCAUAAAAGAUUCUGUAAAGUAAACUUUUUGUUUGUGAUUUAAGUGGUUGCUAUGUGUUUAAAUUACGAACGGUGUCAGAUGGCUUGGCUUGGAAUAAGGAUAGCCUGUAGCUUCACUUGGCAGUCUCUGGUAUGUCUAUAAAUUGGCGCUGAGGGAAUGCAGAUGUCUGGGAUGCCACAGAAAAAAGUCACUGGACUGGCAAAAUACUGCUAUGUGUCCACAGUGUUAGGCAAGCACUGUGAUUGAAGAAAGUUGCCACCUGUAGUAGCAACUCGGGGUUAAGCUGCAAAGUUGGAAGCUGGAGAAAUACUCAGCUGUCUGGCACUUCCAGCUGAAAAAGAUUUAACACCAAAACUGGAAAUGUAAAAUGCUUUAUUGACACUGGCUGUUACCGUUAUUCCUGCUGCGGCUCUGUGACCUCAGUGUGAGAGAGUGACAGAGUCAGUGUAACCAAAAUGUGAGAAAAGUAGCUUACAUCGGUGUGUGUAGCCAGAAAAACAGGAAGUGGCAGCCAGUGACAUCUGGAGACACAUCUGGAGAGAGGCCUGGAGGUGUGUGUGGGUGUGUAAGUGGAUGCAAAGUACAGUAUGUGUGUCGGCCUUGUGGUGUGAAGCUUAAGUUGAGGUAGCCUCAUGUAAGCAUUUUUCAAGGGUGUGAUUCAGUUGUGCAAAUUGAGCAGAUUUACAGAGGUCAAGUUACACGUUUGAGUGGUUACAUGUUUUCUUUAGUGUGUCGGAAUAAAUGCGGCAAAGGUCUUUGAGCUGCUGGUGAAUCAGAAAUCCCCAACUGUGUCUUAUCUCUUUCAAUCCUGUCGCCAAGUUUUAUUCCAGUUAAUUAAGACAAGUUGUCUAUGCUGCUUUAUUUAAUAUUUUUUAAUGAGAAGUACAUGGAGUAACCUGCUGAUAUUUAUAACCAAACUGCACUUUCACAAUCUUCCGGGCUGCUUUCUCUAUCCCAGAAAACACUGAAAACAAUCAGCAAAGUGCCACACAAUAGUCAGGCAAAGUUUGAAACAAGCCUACGACCAUUAUAAACCUUUAAGCUGCACAAAAGCUAGUUAUCUCUCAUGAUUUGGUGUUGAUCAAAAAUGAGCUUCAAACAACUCCAAAUUCAUGCAAAUGUUGACUCAUUGUAUGAUAAGGUUAGCACGUUAACAGUUUUUCUUUCAAGGAAAAAUUAAAUUAAACAAACUUAUGAAUCAUUGUUCUCAGUCUCACAGGUCAGAUAUUGAAUAACAGAGAUGUGAAGUUGUGCAUGUUGAUUGCAAGAACGUGUGAAAACACAUUAUGACACAUCUAAAGUAGAACAAAACGUUCGUGUUGUGAUGUGCAAAGCUGGAUGAUCAGAUAACUCAUCAGGUGUGACUUAAGUGAUAUCUAAUGUGGUAUUUUAUGUCAUAAUGGAAGUCUAAAUGACCUUAAUACUCAAAUGAUGUGAUCAUUAUUUGGCCCGCUGUGGUUUCAGCAUUGAGCUCAGUGCUGGCCACUCUGACUAAAAGAAUUCAGUAUGUGUUGGUUUUAAGGAGAGUAUUAGUGUCACAUGGUCUACACACUGAAUCAGAUGCUUUCUGCCUCUGCAAGAAAGAAUUCAAGUGCUGAAUAGCAGCAUUAGUGCAGCCAUGUAAGACAGAUUUUAUUGUGUUGUGUCAGAUAGCCAUUUUAUAAUUGGAAGGGUUAGGAAAUCUCUAGAGCCACCCAGUUUUAAGACAUAUUUUUCCUUUCUUGGUGCAUAUGGUGGCACCAUCUGACUGCUGUUGAAUAAGAAAGUCGUGCAAAUAAAGAUGCCAUUUGCUUUUAACCACACAAGACAGGACAUUUGGUUUAGGUUUGCAGUUUCCAUUAGUACAACGAGGAAACCAAUAAAGUGAAAACGAUUGAGUAGUGAGUUUUAUCUCUGGCAGUCUGUUAGAGAGAAAAAAGGCUGGCCAUCUGUUGGUCACUCUCCCUCUGAAGUGCUGACAUAACUUUUAAAUUGCCAACUCUCUUCUGGUUGUGAUCAUAAAUUGUUAAGUCAAAAAGAACAUCAAAGUAGGAAGCAUAACCAAGGUUUAAUAGAAGAAAUAAAGACUGAAUAUCAUUAGAUUUUUCUUUCUCACAUGUCUCUUAACCAUCUUCCUACUCUCUCACUUUCUCGUGUCUGCACAAACAGCUCACGGCUGUAUUUGCUUUUGGGAGCUGCGGUGGAUUCUCAGGGAGGAACAUCCUCACUGUCUUAUGUGGUGAUGGCAGGAAUGAAACUGUCAAUGCCGACUUCCACUACCCAUUCAGGUGAGAAUGGCAGCACAAGCAGGAUUUUUCAAUGUCUGCUACUGGACUACAGUGUCGCUUGUCAUUAGUUGUGACUAUUUUAAAAGGAUCAUCUGAGCAACUGGGUGAUGAAUUCAUCAGGAAGAAAGCACUCUGAAUGAUGACUUUGACCUUUUGUGUUGUACCGUUGCCAGGUUGAGCCAGGUCCCACUCAUCGAGGGAAACACCACUAUUUGCAACCACUCUGUCACCCUGACACACAUGGUGGGAGACUCGUCCUCCUCAGCUGAGUUUUUUGUUGGCAUCGCCAUCAUUUGCUUUCUGCACAGCAUGGCGGCUCUGUUGGUGUAUCUAGGCUACAUGCACGUUUACAAGAACUCUGAAUUUGGACCCAUUUUUGUAAGUAUUAAUCUUGUUUCUUAGCUAAUUAAGCCUUCAAAAACUUACUACUACCAGCACAAGGAGAAUUUUUCUGUUUGUAGAAUUGAUGUGUCCCGCGUUUGCUUCCAGGAUUUUGUUAUUACAGCGAUUCUGGUGUUUCUGUGGCUGGUGUGUUCAUCCGCAUGGGCAAAAGGCUUGCAGAAUGUGAAGUACGCCACGGAUACGGAAGGCCUCAGUGCCACACUGGAUCUCUGCAAGGAUAGCAACACCACUUGUGAGGUCACAGAGUAUGCUAACCUGCGGACACUAAACAUUUCUGUGGUAAGAUACACAGAGAAAUAUGCUUUUUUAAAUUGUAUUUUUGUCUUUAAUUCUUUAAACCACACCCUCAAAGCUAGAUUGAAGCAUAAACAGAGCAGCCUGACUUACAGUCAUGAGACUCUGAGCAAAAACACUUGGAUAUUCCUCAGACAUUGUUGUCUCCUCGCUGUUAUCUGUGUCAAAAUCCAAAGAAAAUAACAAAACAAACAACCACAAAAUGACUGUAAAAAGGGAGUUUGCAACAGUAAGAUGUUGCUCAGUGUUCAUGUCUCAUCUUCUAAAAUCUUCAAUCCUCCAGAACUAGUGAAUUUUGUCCUCUGCUUGCUAUUUCUCAGGUAUUUGGCUACCUCAACAUGUUUGUGUGGGCGAUCAACGCCUGGUUCGUGUACAAGGAGACUCGCUGGCACUCCCAGAAGUUCUCCUCUCCACCUGGAGCUGGAAGACAACACGUCCCUACAACCAUCUAACAUGCGAUGUAACAUAACACAAACACACAUUCACACACUAUUACUCCAAACAAAAAAAAGACAUAAAGAUCCUGUGCAUAACCACCUUGCACAAGUAUCUAUAAUUUGAGUACAUGCAUGUACACACACAGUAUAACCAUUAAAAUCAUUAAAAAUAUGUCCAAAAGAUGAAUAUGUUAAUUGACAUCAGCUGAAGGGUUGAAGGAUUUGUUGAUAUGGACCUCAUUAAUGCACAGGGCUGAAUUGGCAUUUUGUUCAUCAAAAUGUCCCGUUAUUUCUAAAACCAUUCUGAACUUGAACUGAGGAUAUUUCAGCUUGAAGUUAGAAAUGCAGGGAGGGGGAUGAGUCUUGUAUAGAUUUUCAUUAUCAUUUGUUCCUUUUGUGUUAUUUUACCUUUUUUCACAUACAAUAGGAAUUUGGUUAAAGAGGGAGCAAGUUCAGCUCAGGCUAUAGAGUGGGCGCCUAAACACAGAGGAUACUGACUUGACUCCAAUUCUCAGCCCUCUCCUACAUGCCAUCAUUGCCCUCUCCCUCAUAUUUUUAUUCACUGUCCUCACAAUAUAAGCAUCAAAAACACAAAAAACACUUUGAAAAGCCUUAGUAGGUGUUUUACCACUACGCCUUAUACAGCAGAUAUAUGAGUUUGCACAGACAAGGACCAAAUAUGCUUGUAUUUUUGAGCUUUGAUUCUCUCACAGCAUUUUGUUUUUCAAAAGAGGGUUUCCUUGAUUUUCUCAUCCAAAUAAAGGAGACUUUGAGAAUGUACUUUUAAAUGCAUCCUGAUGAAUAUAAGGUACUUCACACUCUCUGCCUAUGAUGUAGAAAACAAACACUACAUCCAGUUUUUUAACAUCGGCACCUUUUAUGUGAUCAAGGUUGCCAUGGCACCAGAGAGAGCUGUCUGCAGUGCACUAUGAAUUUUUAAUACCUUAAACACUCAGCAGAUCAGUACCAUUAAGUUACAUUCAUUAUAAUUUAUUCCAUCCAGUAUUAAGCAUCAACAUGUUGUGUUUGUUUUUGACUGACUCAAGUUUUCAGGAUUCUUUCAGCCACUCAUUGGCUCGUCACAGUUGGCCUAUUUGCCUCCUGGUGGUAGCUGGCAGGUACUGCAGUGUCUAAGCCACGCUAAACACAAAGCUCAUGCAGUGCAGUGAUCUGGUAAAUCUAUUUGCAAGUCUUAGAUCUGCACUGAUUUUCCUGCCCAGGUUAGCAGAAAAAGACAUGGAUGUAAAAUGACCUGCAACCAAAGCAUCAGGAAGGUACUUUUAUUUCUUUGAAGUUCUUUAAUGUGUCAUAAGAGUCUAAGUUUGGAAGGUGAACUUGAAAGUAUGUGUAAGAAAAUCUUGCUGAAUUUGCAGCGAAGAAGGUUUUAAAAAGUAUUUUGGCUCUGCAACCAAAGGUUCUGAAUUCCUUAGUCACUACCAUCCAAGGUACAUACAGUAUGUCUCACAAUUUUAGUGUCUCCGUGUUUUAUUUUUAUCUACAGGGCUUUUAUGUUUGUGAGGCACUUUCUAAUGUAUGUUUUUAUGAGUGCUGUAUGAAUAAAUGUUAUUAUUAUUAUUAUUGUUAUCAUUAUCAUUAUUAUUAUUAUUAUUAUCAGUAGUAGUAGUAGUAGUGUGACUAUUUGAAGGUUUGAACGUGUUUAAAAGAUGUUGCAUCUUUAUUUUGAUUUUUCUGCACUCAUACAUUGAUCUCCUUUUUACCAUUGUAAUUUUUUUGUAACAUAUCUCUGGUUUCAAAUCUAUUAUUUUACUCUUAUCCAAACAACUUCAUGUUAUUUUAGAUUGUUUAAAGCUUCAAAAUCCUUCAUGAGACACCUUACUGUGAGCAUUCAUAGCAGUCUUGACCAUUUUUUUAUCUUCAGUGCAUAAUAUGAAGGUUCUUUGUUGUACUUUCUGAUUUUUUUUCUUUUUUUGGGGGGGGGGGGUCAAUUGGGUUUUUUUGUAAGUCGGAUUUGAAACUUCUAUGCAUGUGGUGUACUGGUUAUGCCUCUUCGCUCUGAGAAUCAUCAUCCAACUUUAGCUUUGGCUUUGUCAAUGAUUCCUUUGCUUUUAACCUGCCGGGGUGACAGAUGUUCACUCUGUGGCAUGCACAAUUUUCAUGUACAGUUCUUGUUUUUAUUUUUAAUAAAAUGAAUGAUUUUCUCAAGAAACUUUCUA